AAAAAAAGAAAAAAGAAAAGGACAAGCUCACAUGACCCAAACUUAACCAAUUAUUCAUGGGCCCCUACGUACACUCUCUCCCUAAUUUCUUGGCUCCUUUCUCUUCUUCUUCUCUUUUAAACAACAAAUUGUAUGAACAAAAAUUUCUACUUCUCCUGUAGUUGAAGAGAAGUUUUUCAAGCUAGGGAGACAGGUCAACAAUAGCAACAAUUGCAACUUGACCUUGUUAAUUCGGCCAUGGCAAUUGUCUUGUUUAGGGUUCACCAAUUCUUGGUCAAAGAAGAAGGCGCCGACCCUUUAUAAGCUGAGCUUCCUUUUGGAUCUCUGGGGCCUCAGAAAUCUGGUAAACGAUUCUUUUGUUCUAGAAAAACCAUAAAUAUUUGCCAGGUUGGCUUGUCAUUUUAUUCCGAAGAUCCAGUGCAAAUCAGGUUAAAAUUGGAAGUGGGUCAUCAAUUAUCAUGGAGUUUUUGCAAGAAGAAAAAGGGUUUUCUGACAGAGAAGAAGAGGAGGAGGAAGAGAAUAUGAGAGAAACAAGUAAGUUGUCUUUUCUUUCUUCCUCUUCAUCUUCUGCUUCUUCCAAGUCCAAAGCUUUUCUUCCUCACUAUCACCAAAACCUAUGGCUAGGGAAAUCUGAGUAUCAUGCUCAAGAAGAAGCUGUGGCUAGAUCUUAUGAUCAAGCUUUAGCACCAGCUGAAGCUAAAAAUUUCAGCAGCAAGCUACAACUGAUGGAGUUAUCGCUAGGAAAUGAUAAUUAUGAUGAAGCAGCUGAAGCAACUGGCGGUGGUGGUGGCGGUGGUGGUGUUGGUGUUAGUACUCAUCAUGAGUCUAUUGAGAAAGAGCAUAUGUUUGAUAAGGUUGUCACACCAAGUGAUGUGGGCAAGCUAAACCGCCUGGUCAUUCCAAAACAACAUGCGGAGAAGCACUUCCCUCUAGACUCCACCAACGAGAAGGGCCUAUUGUUGAGCUUUGAAGAUCGAAACGGGAAGCCGUGGCGGUUCAGAUACUCGUACUGGAACAGUAGCCAAAGCUAUGUGAUGACUAAAGGGUGGAGCCGAUUCGUGAAGGAGAAGAAGCUCGAUGCUGGUGACAUAGUCUCCUUCGAGCGAGGUGUUGGAGAGUCAGGUAAAGACCGAUUAUAUAUAGAUUGGAGGCGCCGCCCUGAGGCACCAAAUCUUACAAAUUACCCACACUUCGAUCGCUCACUUCGAUGGCCUAGCAGACUAUACUCAACACCACAGCCCUCAUCAGUGUCUCGACACUACGAACAUUUGCAACAGAUGAACUAUAACAUUCAUCCUUAUCAACAUUAUCAUCUUCAACAUCAUCACCACCACAACCACAACCACAACCACAACCAGUACCUUCAAAGUGGCACUCAUGACUUGUACAAUUACAAUGCAGUGAAUUCUGGGUCCGGUAGCUCCCUUUAUUAUUUAAGGUCAUCAGGGUCACAUGGUGAUCAAAUUAUUAAUGGGGCAGCACUGCCACAAGGUGGGGAUAUUGUUCCUAUGGCAAUUGAUUCAGUGCAGCCGGUUGUGCACCGUGGUAAUACUGUGGCUAAACGCCUUAGACUAUUUGGUGUAAACAUGGAAUGUUCUAUACCAGAAGAACCAGAAUGCCCUUCGGUCUCUAUGGCUCCUCAACUAUUAAGACUGCCCAAUGCCACCACAGUAUUGCCGACAAUUCCAUCUGUGUUUUCAAACAAAGGAAAAAGUUCAUUGACUUUUGAUGCAGAGCCCUGAUGAGUUCGUAUUUUGCAUUUGCUGUGGAUAUACAUGGUAAAACCAAGUGAAGAAUACAGUAUUGAAUGGGGUUUUCUUUUAUCUCAGCUACGAAUUAAAGGGCUUUCGAAGUCCACAACUUUCUUUUAUCUUCAACUUUCAAAAAUGUUGAAGAUAAUUAAUUAAGUCGAUCUUUAGUAUUUCAGUUUUUUUUUCCCAGCCUUAUUUAAUAGAGUAGUUGAGCAUUGGGGGUUUUGAAGAGGAAGUGGUCUAUAUAGUGACAUCAAGUCGAAAUCUUUCAAUUGUGUAUAAUACAAUAUACCAAUAUUAUCUAAGUAUGGUUCCUAUCAA